AUGCGGAAAGUGGUUUUGAUCACCGGGGCGAGCAGUGGCGUGGGCCUAGCUCUCUGCAGGCGGUUGCUGGAAGAAGAUGAUGCGCUUCACCUGUGCUUGGCGUGCAGGAACAUGAGCAAAGCAGAAGCUGUCCGCACCUCUCUGCUGGCCUCCCACCCCGCUGCUGAGGUCUCCAUCGUGCAGGUGGAUGUCAGCAGCCUGCUGUCGGUGUUUCAGGCCACCAAGGAGCUCAAGCAAAGGUUUCAGAGAUUAGACUAUGUAUAUCUAAAUGCUGGGAUCAUGCCUAAUCCACAGCUAAAUAUCAAAGCACUUUUUCGUGGUCUCUUUUCAAGAAACGUGAUUCAUAUGUUCUCCACAGCUGAAGGACUGCUGACACAGAAUGACAAGCUUACUCCUGAUGGGCUCCAGGAGGUGUUUGAAACCAAUGUCUUUGGCCACUUUAUCCUGAUUCAGGAACUAGAAUCUCUCCUGUGUCACAGUGAGAGUCCAUCUCAGCUCAUUUGGACAUCAUCUCGCAAUGCAAAGAAAUCUAAUUUCAGCCUUGAGGAUGUCCAGCACAGCAAAGGCCAGGAGCCCUACAGCUCUUCCAAAUAUGCCAUUGACCUUCUGAGUGUGGCUUUGAACAGGAACUUCAACCAGCAGGGUCUGUAUUCCAGUGUCGUGUGCCCAGGUACGAUGCUGACCAGUCUGACAUAUGGAAUCCUUCCUCCCUUUGUGUGGAUGUUAAUCAUGCCAAUCAUAUGGCUGUUACGCUUUUUUGCAAAUGCUUUCACGUUGACACCUCACAAUGGAACAGAAGCACUGGUCUGGCUUUUCCACCAAAAGCCCGAGUCUCUCAAUCCUCUGGUGAAAUAUCUGAGUGCCACCACUGGCUUUGGAAGCAAUUAUGUGACGUCCAAAAAGAUGGACCUAGAUGAAGACACUGCUGAAAAAUUUUACCAAAAGUUACUGAAACUUGAAAAGCAGAUUAGGGUCACCAUUCAGAAAACCAAUAACCAGAACUGA